GUUUAUUUGUUUUGUUUUUCUGAAUGGAUUGUCUUGGGGUAUCUUCCGCACAGAGCCUCCAGGCUCUGUCUGCCUUGUUGUCCAGUCAGCAGGACGAAGAAGAGGAAGAUGAGGAGUGUAAAGAUGUGAAAGCAUAUGCACGCUUGGGUCCCGGACAUAUUGGCCCACCACCCAAAAACGAAAAACAAGUGUCAACCGCAUACACGAAGAAGAACAGCAAAGAUAUCUGGUGUGAAGAAGAAGUGGCCGAAGGCUCACAGUAUGAUGAUCUCACUGACCCAAGGCCACAACCUGAGUAUGAAAUAAUCCUGAAGCAGAGUGUAGGAACAGAGGAUCUCUUCUUGGGAUUAAGCAGAAAGGAUCCAUCCUCCAUGUGUUGUGAAGCCAUGCUGGUUAAAAUCAAACUACCAGACACUAAAGCAACAGAUGUGGUGCUGGAUGUGAAAGAAAAGUUCCUUGAUCUACGGACGCCGAAAUACAAACUGGGGCUCCAUCUCCCCAAUCCGGUCCACAAAAAUGAGAGCAAGGCCCAGUUCUUCAGUGAGAGGGAGGAACUGGAGGUGACUCUACUAAUGAAGCGUCCUAUGGACUUCAUCAAUAUGCAAUGAAAAAGGAUGAUUUAGCAGCAAAUACCAUUAUACAAACUGACACAUUAAGCAUUAAAACCAGAAAGUAAUUGGGAAAU